AUGGCAGAGGAGGCAAAUCCACAGCCUGACGCGUCGUCUCCCUUGGCGGCGGCAGCAGCAGCACCGGCCAGACCACAAUCGAGAAGGAAGCUUCGCAAAGGUACCCUCAGCUGUUGGGAAUGCAAGCGGCGCAAGGUUCGCUGUGCCUUUGCCUCGCCUGCCGCCACCGUCUGCAACGGGUGCCAACGCCGGGGGACGACAUGUCUUGGCCAAGAGUUUCCGGACCAGCCCGACCCGUCGCCGCCACAUACCGAAAGCCUACGAGACAUGGGCCUGAGGAUGAGCAGGAUGGAAUCCCUCAUUGAAAGACUCACCGCGCGUCUGGACGGUGAGCAGCCGAGAACCGACGAUUCACCCAAGGUUGCGUCGAAUGCCUCGAGGGAGGUCGCAUCAGACGCCGCUCAGAGGGUCUUGGCAUGUUCGCCUCGGUCGUCUUCUGUUACACGUGAUGUGGUGAUGGGAGCAUCUGUUCAGACCCUCAAUCCUAGUCGAGCCAGUCAGUCUCUUUAUGAAGCAACAGAUGAACGAGAGUCGACAUCCAUCUCCCGUUGGCCGCUGCCGUCGACAACUGCCUCUGACGCAGUGCUUUCCGUAGACCAAAGUGAGCACGAUAUAAACAAACACAGUCAGAUCUUUGAUGCUCUUCGAGAAGCAUGGCCUAGUCACCAUGAUAUCGAGAUUAUCGUUGGCGUUCCCCAUGGUAUAUCGGGCCUUAUUCACGGAGUCGUGGAUAAACCCUUUUCAAGUUUUGGUGCACAAGACCCUCCAUCACCACGAGAUGUACUACAGUUGCCUCCGCCAGGAUCUCACCCUAUUGUAGUUGCACACAAGCUUUUAUGUCUUGGCUCGUUUUUGCAAUGUAUUCCAUCGUCUUCUCUACCUAGCCUCGCUAGUCUCAGCACAAGCCGUGUCAACAUCAUGACUAGGGCAGUCGAGACGGCAGUCCGACUCGUAGUCAGCGACGAUGACCUGGUGGACAUGGUCGAAGGCAUCGAGUGCAUCAUGAUCUAUAGCCUGUACGAGAAUAAUGCAGGCAAUUUGCGCCGUGCCUGGAUGUUGCUACGUCGGGCCACGGCGCUGGCGCAGAUGAUGGGUCUCGAUCGGGGACGAGGAAACUGUAUUGAUACUGGACGCCGAGUCAACCCGGAACAAAUGUGGCUGCGUCUGGUGCAGUCGGAUCAUUAUCUGUCCUUGAUGCUUGGCUUGCCUCCAGCCGCGAUGGUCGAGGGCGGCGGCCUCGGUAACCCGGCCACGUUGGAAUGUUGCACUUCAAUGGAGCGCAUGGAACGUCUUGAGGCAGUGGCAUCGACUCGUAUUCUGCGGCGCAACGCCACUGAUUUGGGUGACCUUGAUGCAACGCAAGAGAUUGAUGAGCUGUUGCGCCAAGCUUCAGACUGCAUGCCAGCCCAGUGGUGGCUAUUACCAAACUUUGCGUCUUCACCUAAGGACGAGGUCAAAGUGUUUCGAGAAACCAUCCGCAUCACCACCCAGUUUACGCAUUAUACUCUCUUGUUACACCUGCAUCUGCCUUAUGUGCUCUGCUCCUCCCCGGACCAAAGGUGUGAACAGAACAAGAUCACCGCCGCCACGGCUGCUCGAGAGGUGCUCGUGCGCUACUUGACCAUUCGCGGCUCCGACCCAACAUCAUUCUACUGUCGGGGCAUUGAUUUCAUCGCCUUUAUCGCGUGUACGGUGCUGACCCUGGCACACAUUGUUGCCCACUGUCCUCCAGCGACGCAGAAUGAGCACAACUUGCCUCAUAAUCGUAAUGGCGUUACCGUCUUUGCCUACCUCAAGCAUCAACGCCUUGGCGACCGCGGAAUGAUGGAGCAGGUACUCGAGAGUAUGGACCGCCUGGUUGAAAGUAAUGGCGACAGGAUCGCAUCAAAGAUAGCCGUCGUCCUUCGACCGCUUCUGGUCAUUGAAGCCGAUGCUGCCUGCGGCCGCCGUUAUCAGACGCGCUCCUCGCUUGGAGUCAAGGAAGAGAGCCCCGAAUGCGCUGGUAAUGUGACGGAUGACGAUGCUUCAUUGCACAUUUACAUUCCCAAUACUGGUGCCGUCGAUAUUGAACGCUGCUGUGGCCACCCGUAUACCUCGCUGUCGUUAUUGAAUUCUCUAGAUACAACCAUGCCGGGCCCGUCGAAUCUACAUGCGUCCGAGACUGGCCUGGAAAAUGCUUUCCAGUAUUCGGAUGAACAUGGACCGCAGCCAAGCACGUAUUGGGCUCAGUCACCAACCAUGGACACUGCAGUAGCAACAGAGGACUGGACCUUACAAGGGGUAGACUCGGCACUCUUUGACAAUAUUCUCAAUGCGACACCAAUGGCUGAUUGA